AUGGAUGAACAAAAUAAGUUAAUUGAACAAAUGCAAGACUUAGGUUAUUCAUGGGAAUUAAGUGUUAAGGUUAUAAAAAAAAGUGGAGCAAAAACAAUUGAUGAAAUUUUAAAUUGGAUAGAAUUAACUGAAAAAAAUGAAGUCUAUAAUAACCCUGAAGAAGCUAAAGACGAUAACCAAAAUGAUGCUAAUGAAAAAGAUAUGAAUAGCUCAGAAAAUAUGAACAAAGAUAAUUUAGUUGGUAUGGCUGAGAAUAAAACUAAAUUAAGUCCAGGGGAAGCUCAAAAAAAAGCCUUAGAAUUGCAGAAAAAAAUUAGGGAGAAAAAAUUAAUAAAAGAAAAAGAAGAAGAGAUACAAAAAGAAAAAAAAAGAAUAGCAAUGGCAAAGGAAAUUCAAAAAAGGAGAGAGCAAUUGGAAGAAUAUGAAAGAAAAAAAUAUAUCGAAACAUUGGAAAGAGAAAAAAAUGAACAUAAAAAAGAAAAACAGAAGCAACUCGAAUUAUUAAAAAGAGAAUAUGAAGCAAAAUUUGGUAUUGAAUAUAAACAUGAAGUAAAAAAAAGUAUAGAAGAAUUAACAGAAAAUGAAAGAAGAGAAGAAAUUGCUAUUUUACUUAAUAAUUUGAAAAAUAAAAAUAAAGAUAAGAAAAAAGAGUUAAUAAGUUCAUUAAAUAUUUUAAAAACUUAUUUUAGUAACAUAAAAGAUAAUAUUUUAGAAAAAAAGUAUCAAAAAAUUAAAAAAGAAAAUAAAAUAUUUGUUGAAAAAAUAAAAAUUUAUGAAGAAAUGUUAAAAAUUUUUUUAUUAGUUGGUUUUGAAGAUACAGGUGACUUUUAUGUAAUUAAAAAUUAUCCUAACACUUAUUUGCUUUCAUCUGCUAUGAAGUUUAUUGAUUUAAUUAUAAAAACACUAAAUCAAUAA